AUGAUAAUACCAAGAGGAGAAACGUACAGACCGCGCGAACGAUAUACUCACCGCUUAAAGACAAUUCUCGAAGAUUAUCCUGACACUUUACAGAUCUUCUAUGAAAUUCUACAGAAUUCGGAUGAUGCCCAAAGUACAGAACAAAUAUUUAUACUUGAUCAUAAUACAUAUCCUAGUAAGAGCCUUCUUGAAUCUAAGCUUGGAAGGUUUCAAGGGCCCGCACUAUUAUCACAAAAUGAUACCAUAUUUGAAGAGAAAGAUUUUACAUCGUUGAGGAAUUUAGCUAAUAGCGAAAAACAAGGCCAACAUGAUAAAAUUGGAGAAAAGGGUAUCGGAUUUAAUUCAAUUUAUCAUCUAUGUGAUAGUUGUUCAUUUAUUACGCGUGAUAAAUUUACCAUUCUUGAUCCUCAUGAGUGGUGUUAUGAGGGUGGUAUGAGAUAUAAUUUUGUCAAUGAUAAUUUGGCUCAAAUAUAUGAAGACCAAUUUUCUCCCUUUAAAAAGUCCGAAAUUCCAUGUAAUGAACCGUUUUUGGGAACAAUCUUUCGAUAUCCUUUGCGUACAAGUCAAGAUUCUGAAAUCUCUGAAAUUUCAACAAAAUCAUAUAAACCAGAUGACGUUCUAGAAUUGUUCAAAAAGUUCUUUGAAAAUAAAAAUGAUAAUUGUUUACUUUUUCUUAAACACAUUAAAUAUAUCAAGUUUUACGAAUUGAAAAAUAAACUCGAAUUACUCUACGAGAUUUCAAUUAAAAACGCCGAAGAUGUACGCGAAAAACGGCAGAUUAUUGCAAAGGAAAUUAUCUCGAAAAUAAAGAAUUUUAAGACAAAGAAACUUAAUCAAAAUGCAACAAAUUCACCAUAUUAUCAGGCAUAUCAGGCAUCAUUUAGUCGAGAUGAAAAAGGGGUCAUCACAGAAGAUUCCUGGCUUAUUAUGAAUAUGCUUGGUGAUUUACAUGAUAUGAGCAAUCGUUUUCCAGAGUUUUCUGAUAACUUCAAAACUGUACCACAUGUAGGGCUAGCUGCCAAAUUAAAUUCAGACCAGAAUAUUGAUGAAUUCCCGGGUAAAAUAUUUAAUUUUUUACCUCUUCCAAUAAAAACACCGUUUCGUGUUUUCAUACAUGGACAAUUUGCGGUUAUUAAUAAUCGCGGUACAUUAUGUUCUAAUGAUAACAAUGAUUCGACUGAAAAUUCUUCGGCUAAUUUUAAAGCUAAAUGGAAUAAGUAUCUUUUCGAAGAGGUUUUAUCACAUGCUUGGGUGAAAUUUCUCAAAUCGUAUAUAACGAUAAAAAAUGUGCCUCAAAGUGUGUCUCAAGAUGAUUAUUACGAAUUUUGGCCGAUUCCGAUCAAAACAAAAAUUUUUACAUCCAGCUUCUUUAGAGACCUUCUAAGGAAUGUGAUACAUAAGCUUGAUGCAAAUGAUGAGGUUUUCUACGGAUCUAGAGAGAUGUUAUCGAUCUCAAAAGGAUAUUUUAAAGAUGAAUCAUCCGAACCUGACGGAUCUGAUAUACAAAGUAUAUUGGACAAGAUCGGAUUUAGAGUUAUCUAUGCUCCUAACGAAAUUGUUGAAAUUAUAAAAGAAUUAAAAUUCAAGAAGGAGAUAAGAUUUUCCUCUCCAAUAUGCGUUAGCAAAUUUCUUCAUAAAUAUAAAGGAAAAUUGCAGGAUAAAUUGACAAAUGAAGAGAUCUUGAAAUUAUUCAAUUAUAUAUCGUUAUUAAUCGAUGAGGAUGAUGAAAAUUAUAGAAUGCUGAAAGGCUUAGAAAUGAUUCCAUUGGCCAACGGAAAGUUCAAUGAAUUAAAUGAAUUAAGAAACGAUAGUUAUUUAUUUCCAGACGAUAAAAAUGAAAAUGCUCUGCGUGAGAUUUUAAAUGAAUAUUCAGGCCAGCUUAUUGCUAAAGAUAUCCCACCUAAUUUAUCGAACUGUUUGAUCAAGCUAGGAAAAAAGCGGAUUUUUAAUAUUAAAAUGUUAAAUGAACAGAUCAUUGCUGAUUUGGUUAAAAAUUCUCUGUCAUAUCGAUAUUCUAACAAUAUCGAAAUUGAGAUGAAGAAGCCUCUCGAGUGGAUUAUUCAACUCUGGAAGUAUUUAUGCGAUAGUGAUACUAAUUUGGCUCUUUUCGAAGAUAUUCACAUUAUUCCAACAAAUAACAAUACUCUUAGAAAACUCAAAGUAAAAUCUUUUUUAAACGGAUCCAAAUCUCAAAUAUGUCCUAUUCUAAAAAAACUAGGCAUAGUUUUCAUAAAUGUGAAAUUUGAAAAUGGUUUAACUUCAUGGAAAAGGUGGGUGCUGAUUAUUUAUCUGUCUUUAAUAAUGAUUUUAUCAUCAUUGAACCCAAAUGGAACAUGCAAUUUGGACUCAUCUGAAGCAGAUUUAUUUAUAAAAUACUUAUAUUCUUUACAUGAUACUUAUCCUUAUUCUAAAGAUCCUACGUGUAUUAAGGUCAUAAAGCGCUUACCAAUCUAUAAAGAGAUCGGUCGAAAUGAGAUGAUUGAUUUGGAGUUAUAUGAAGAGCAUUUAUAUCUUUUACCACAGGAAUACGAAAAUUGUUAUGAUCAGAUAAUCGAAUCAUCAGAGACACACAGGUUUCUUGAUGCGACUUCAACGGCUACACGUUAUUUAUUAGAAGAUGUCAUCAAGAUUCGACAUUUGAAACUGAAAGAGUAUUGGGAUGAUUGUGUGAUACCAUACUUGAAAUCCCAACCAAAUAUCGAUAUUGUGAUUGUCGAAAAGCUUUUUGAACAAUUACCAUCCCUUCCUAGUUCAGACCAUUCCCUCAAGGACAAACUCAGAGAUAUUGAUUUCAUGCCUGGCGGGACAAUUCAAAUGGCCCAAGGAUAUCUUGAUCUUGACACGAUCAAAUGUAAGCCUGCUGAUCUAUUUGAUCCAACCAACCAGGAAAUUGCUCAAUUAUUUUUCGAUGACGAAAAAGUUUUUCCUGUUGGUAAGUUCUCUAAUGCAUGUAAUCAGCACUACCACAUUUUAAAAGAACUGGGAAUUAAGACCUCACUUACACAAAUGGAUAUCGUUAAUCGCAUUGAAACUUAUGUCAAACUUAGAGAGGGAAAUAACAUCGACCUUGAUGAUUUACAUAACAAAUCACUUAACUUGUUUAGAUAUAUUGAUAAAUAUUGGAAUUCAUUUGAGGUCAUGAAUAAUAAUACUGAAGUUUUGUCAACUGUUAAAUCUUUGCAAUGGAUUCCAACCGUUAAUAAAACUGGCAAUAAGGUAUUUUCUUGUUUGUUUGAGAAUGGAUGCCGCGAUAAAAAAGAUAAAAAUUUAGUAUCAUUGGUCGUUCCAUUUCUCGACUAUCAAGUUGAAAACCUUACGCUUCGCAAUUUUUUGGGAUGGGAUGUAUAUCCUCCUGCAGAGUUGGUUCUUGAACAAAUGCACCAAUGCUACAUAAUGUCUAAAAGUGAUCUAAAUUUUAAAAAUCAAUCUCAAAUUUGUGAAGCAGUUUAUAAACAUAUUAGUGAGGUUUUGUCAUGUAACGACGAACAGUAUAAGUCAGAAUUAAAUAGAGGAUUGAAAAACGAAAAUUGGAUCUUUUGUGGGGGUAAUUUUUAUGCAGCAAAAAAUGUAUUCUUUGAACUUUCAGAGAAUUUUGGAAGGGAUAUUGUUCAAUUGCCAGAUGAUUAUCGAAAUAGGUUUAAUAAAGUAUUUAAGUAUAUGGGAGUUCAUAAAAGAAUUGAGAUUAAUGAUCUGAUUAGAAUAGUCGAAGAAAUUGAUCGUGAAGCAAAUCAUAAUUCACUAACUAAAGAGCAAUUAUCCAAAGUAAUUAAACUUCUUAAGCAUUUUGCGGAUGAAUACACUAAUCCUAAGAAGAAAGGGCAAAUAUGUGAUUUGAAAGACUUACUUAUUCCAAGUGUCGAUUCUACUCUUCUCAAGCAUGAGGAAGUUUAUUUUGAUGAUAGGCCUGAACUUAACAAAAUAGAGAAGAAGAAUUACAGACUCUCGCAUCAGGAAAUAACACUUGAGCUUGCAGAAAGCCUUGGAAUUCAGAUGCUCUCCACCAUAUUUUUAAAAUGCAGCGAGACUGAAUUUGAAACUUCUGAACAAAUCAGAAUAAAAAAUAUUACUGGAUGUUCGCUUGAUACUUUGUUUAAAGAGUUUCUCAAGAACGCUGAUGAUGCAGGGACUCGAAGAUUUUCCAUCUAUCUUGACGAGAGGAUAUUAGAUAAAAAUCCCGAAAAACCCACUAUCUUGUCUAAAGAAAUGCAUAAUUGUCAAGGCCCGAAUGUUUGGAUUUACUACGAUAAGAAGUUUAAUGAUUUUUCUGAUCAUAAAAACAAUAUAGGUCGUGCUGGUUAUUUAACCGAUAUUUUAUCUUUCGUGAGCGGAGAAAAUGUAACGUUCCUUGAUUUCCAUGAUCCUCAUGCAAUGUUUCUUCCAUUGCAAGGUUAUCCUCCAAAACGACCUCGAAAAAUCAAGUUUAAUUUUCUUGAGAAUAAUUUUUUAGCCAAAUUCGAAGAUCAAUGUAAACCAUAUUUGGAUAUAGAGGAUUGUGACUUUAAUAAAGAAUUUAAUGGCACUUUGUUUAAACUGCCACUUAGAAAUGCAGAGUCGCAGAAUUCAACAAAAUCACAAGAAAUUUUAGACCAUUUUCGGAGCAAAAAAAAUCACCAGGAACUUCUUUUCUUGAGAAACAUCGAAUUAUACGACGUAUAUCACAUAGACAAGAAUGGAGAUAAACAAUUGAUUUGGGAAAUGAAAAUUCAAAAUUUAAAAGAUAAUUAUAGGGAUAUUCGCAGAAAAAUUGAGUACACACCGCAAGUUUUUCAGCUUAAUACAAGAAUAUAUGACACAAAAAAGAAAACUUUCGAGAUAUGGCUUGUAUGCACGGGUGGAAAUUCUGAAAAAAAUAUGGAUAAUAAUUUGGUAAAUUUUUCAAAAAACGAAGGACUUAAGGCUUAUGGUGGUGUCGCUGCUAUUCUUUCACGGUCAGAUAAUGAAGACGAUCUUUUAAAAUUAAUAGAUCCACCCAUUCUUGAUGGAAAGGAAUAUGUACAUGUCUCAAGUGAACGUUCAGUAAAUUUAGGAGUGCAUAUAAAUGGCGAUUUUUAUCAAUCUAUAAAUAAGAAAGAUAAAAAAGAUAUUUCACAAUCAAAGAAUAACGAUUAUAUCUAUGGAAAAUGGAAACGACAUAUUUUACUUGAAGUACUCCCACCUUUGCAUGUUAAAUUGUUAAAUGAAAUUGCUAAAAAAGAUUUAGAACGAUUCAAGAAUUCUAAAACCGCUCUUGAAACCUUUUUUCCACACACAACCAAAAACUUCUUACUUCUUGGUAAUGUAAAAGAAAUAGAAGAUGAGUUAAUUGAUUCAUAUAGGACAAAAGUACUACAAGGUCUUGGUGAUUGUGAAAUAUUUUGGACUGAAGCUGAUGAUGGCAAAUUUGUGUCAUUAAAAAAUGCAUAUUUCUCUGAGGAGAAGGAUCAUAUUAUUGCUAAUAUUCUUUCCAGCCAUGGUAUUCCAACUGUAAAGAUGGAUAUAGACAAACUCAGUUACCUAAAAGACAAAAUAAAAGGAAAAAAGUCUAAAUAUCGGCCUAUGAAAAUUUCUAAAAUAUUACAAGAACGAGAAUAUAAUAAUAUUCUGAGUUCCAUUGAACAGGGACAAAAUGAUUUUAUUAGUAUUAUAAAGUUAUUAAAAUUCAUUUUGCAAGAAAAGAAUGAUAAUUUAUUUUUGAAAUUAAACGGGUUGCGAUUUGUGCCUUUAAAAAAUGGUACUUUAGGCACUUUUGGAAAACGUGACUAUUAUAUAGCAGAAAAAGACUGUCAAGAGUUAUUCCCGAAGUCUGGUCCUUCUCAUUUUAUUGACGACUCUGAUGAUGAACUUAUUGAAAUUUUUAAGAAUGAGCACCUUUCUAAUCUUCGCAUUAAAAGACUUAAUACCCAAGGCGUUCUUGAUCUUCUGGAUGAGGAACUCCAAAAUGCUCUUGAUCUUCCGGAUGAGGAACUCUCAAAUAAACAGGAGAUGGAAUGGAAUCCUUCUUCAGAAUCAAUUCCCAAUCGACAGUGGCUUGAUAAUGUAUUUGAAAUCAUGAAAUUAGGCGCAGGAUCUGAAACUUUAAGGUUACCUAAUUGUCCAUUGAUCCCUGUUAUUCGACCGAGUCACAAACUUGUUAAAAUAAACUCGACAAAUUCUUUAUUAAUCAAUCCGAAUGAUAAUGACCCUACGGCCUUUAUAGUAGAAGUUCUUACAAAAUUGGGAAUUUAUUUCACAGACAUAAAAUUCCCCAACAGAUGUCUGAAGCGGAGUGUACAAGCCUUUAAUUAUUCUAACGUUUUCAAAUCUAUAAAGCAAGCAUCACAAGAUAUUUCUAUAGGAACGUUUUUUAGUGAUGCAAAGUUGGAUGAUGCCGAUUACGAGAAACUUAGAGAAUAUAUUAAAAGCUUUAUCAAUGUUAAUGUCAAAGGACAUAGUGAAACCAAAACACAGUCAAAAUCAAGUAACUAUGAAAAAAAUUUAAAUAUCAUUCGAGAACUUCCAAUUUGGCCAAUUCGACCACCAAUAAAACAUCAUAGAUUCAUUUCUGCAAAUGAUAAGGGAAUAUUACCGCCACAUAAUCUUCCAUGUCCCUCACAAGAUUCUGACAUCUUUGAUGUGCAAGAUGAAUAUUAUGAUGUGCUUAUUUUACUUGAUAUAGAAAAAAAGAUUGAAGUAUAUGAUUUUGUCAGGAAAUAUUAUCCUCAUGAAUCAGGUGAACCGCCAACGCAACAGGAUGUAGAGUUCCUUAAAGAAAUCCUAUCACUUAAAGAUAAACGAAUUGAGAGUUAUCUUGCGAGUCGUGAAGCAAUUCCUAAUAGGAGUCUCAAAUCAUUUGUAAAGGCCAGUACUCUAUAUGAUGCGGAAGUGGGUUUAUUUAAUCAAAUAUUUGAUGAUGAUAAAUUGCUUCCACUUGAAUUACAAGAUAGUAGUGUUUGUCGAUCCGCUUUAUCGGAAAUGGGACUUAAACGAGACUUGAAUGGAAGCGUAUAUCUCGAAUGUGCUCAUGAAAUUCAAAAGAAAAUUAAUGGUCAAAAAAAAGGCUAUUUAAAAAAUCUAUUGAACCGUUUUAAUAAUGACGAGAUCAGGUCACUCUCAAUAAAUUUGAUAAGUUGUCUGAGCAAAAAUUAUAAUAGCUUUAGUGAAAAUGAACGGAAACAACUUUACGAAAUAGAUUUUGUUCCCUCUAAAAAAGAUCUCCAGAGUCCUUACAAUAAGACAGCAGUCUCUACUUCAGAAUACGAAUCGUUUAAUUCGUUAUGUUUUGCAAAGUAUAGAGAUAUAUGUUGGACACAAGCAAAAUUUAUUUAUUCUGACAUUGAACUGCCCUUCGAUCUCCGUCCAGGCCUUAAAAUGGUCAUUAAUCAUUGGAUUAAACUGUCUACUGAAGUUUUUCCUUUCGAAACAUCAGGUUGGAAAGACGAUAGAAUACAUGAAAUUAUGAAAAAAAUUUAUCAAGUUGUAGAUGAUAAUUUAAACCUUUUGGAUGAAUAUAAAAUUAGAGAAUUUAAACUAAAAGAUAUUAAGCUUUUCCUAAAUGGUGAUAAUCCUUUUGAUCCUAAUUGCUGGAUUCCUGGCAAAAAGCUCGUAUUUGGUCUUCAAAAUAAUAUAAAUGAUCGAUUUGAUGUGAAUGAUCGUUUAUUACCAUUUAAAAGACUACUAAUAGCUUUAGGCGCAAAAGAAGUCGACAAUAGUGUUAAAAUGGACGAGAUACCAAUUAAUUAUUCACAAAAAGACCAUUUAAUUAAAUAUUUGAUCGAAUGUCUGCAGAAUCAGAACUCAUAUUAUGAUAUUAUAUUCAGGAUUGAGGAUCACAAUAUUCGUGCAAAUCGUUGUGUUCUAUCAAAUUUUGCAAAAUAUUUCGAUUGGCAUUUUUCAGAGGAACCCAUAGAUGAUAUUACGAUUGAUGGAGUUAAACACGAAACUUAUGAAGUACUCUUAAGAUGGCUUUAUGGAAUGUCAUAUGAAGAUGCUGUUAAAAAUGUUUUCUAUGAAAGCUUUCCAGAUUCUGGGCAACAAUAUCUGGAAUUUAUGCUUGAGCUUUUGAAAGUAUCACAUAAAUUUAGUCCUUUAAAUAAUAUAAUUCAAAACAAUAUCAUGCUAAAAAACAUCAUAAAUAUAAGUAAUGUGAAGAAAAUAAGAAAAUUUAGUCACGAUUAUAAUGCGAAUCAACUUAACAAAUGCUGUGAAGAAUAUAUAAGAAAGAAUAAGAAUAUUAUUGAUGCAGAGGGUUCAUAUGAUUAA